AGCUGUUCAUUUUAAUUAUGAGUUUAAAAAACGAACAAAGCGAUGAUGCGGAAUCUGUUGGUCAUGUUUCCAAGAAGCAAAAAUUGUCAAAAGGCUGGAGUGAUGCCAACACAAUCAAACUAAUCUCCUUGGUAGAGACUCAUCCGGUACUGUGGAAUGCACGGAACAAGGAAUAUUCCAAUAAGAUGGCUAGAAACAGAGCCUGGGAGUCUAUAGCCGGGCAAUUUUAUGAAACCUUCGAAGUUGAAGACUUACGCACUAAAUGGACUAACUUGAGAAUACAAUACCGUAAAAAUGCGAGCCGCUCCAGGACCAGCCCUGAAAAAGUAAUACAGAAGUGGAAGUUUUUUGACUAUAUGUUCUUCGUGGGUCCCGUGGAAGUAGAGGAUGCCAAACGGAACGAGGCUGCUAGACGGAGUGAAAUCGCAUCUCAAUUUCUCUUUGAAGAAUGUAACGAAACUGCCGACGCCGAAUGCUUUUCCGAGUCCAGCUCCAGCCAAUUAAGAGUGUCAACACCACGUCCUGCCCCCACAUCCACAACGCAGUCGGCCUUAAUAGCCAGCGUGCAAGAAGCAGUCGCCGCAAUAUGUGCUCAGAAGGAAGACGACGAGAACACUGCAUUUACAAAAUUCAUCCUUAGUGUACUUCGAGCAAUGCCAGACAGAAAGGCCAAAUUGCUCCGAAACAGGCUGCAACGGACGAUGCUCGACUUCGACGAAGAGACAAAUGACCGAGGAUAGAUUAAAAGUAGACAUAUAGUACAUAGAAUCAUAUACAAAUAAGCAUAGAUUAUAUACAACUCUUGUACACGCAUACAAAGUAUUCGAAUUAUUUAAUACAAGUCAUAUUUAAGUUCAUGAUUACAUCUCAAGUACAUACAA